AUGUUGCUUGUUCCAUCUUUAGUUGCUGCAGCAAGGGCAGGGAAAUCAAAGUUUAUUAUAGGGGAUGGAACAAACAUGUAUGAUUUCACUUAUGUUGAGAAUGUUGCACAUGCUCAUGUAUGUGCUGAAAGAGCUCUAGCUUCAGAUGGAUCUGCAUCAAAGAGAGCUGCAGGAGAGGCUUACUUUAUAACGAAUACGGAACCAAUACAAUUUGGGGAGUUCAUGUCACUUAUUCUUGUGUUGCUUGGGAUUUCUGGAGUAAUGCUUUUCGUGCUAUCUGUUAUCCCUUUUCUUGUUUUGGCUUUUAUGAGGUUAACGAAACCAUUAAACAAAAUAAGAAAACCUAAUAAUGAUGGUCACCCUUGUGAGAUGGGAAUAGUUGCAGUGUCAAGAACUGGCGAGGAAGAGUUGAGAGCUCCACAAGAAUCUCAACAUGGUGAUGCGGUAAUGGAGGCGAUUGUUAAAAAACGUAACGACUCUGUGUUAGGGAAGGGGUCAAUACAACACUACAGUUGUGUGUAUGUAAAUUCUCAGGCACUGGCGGAACAGGUUACACAGGAGCAUUUUUACGAUGGACUGAUAUACCCUCCGUUCACCAACAUCCGUAAGAUUUCCGCUGAUAUUGCUGCCAGCGUGGCAGCCAAAGCAUAUGAACUUGUUCCUAAAUCAUACAUAUGGCCUGUGGAUAAUGACUUCUAUUUACAACCGUCUACCUCAUUAGUCUUGGAUGCCCACAAAGAGGGUUUACAAGUAUUUGGUUCAGAUUUCAUGAAUGAUGUGCAAGUUGCGUAUAAUUAUAGUUAUGACCCUGUAGAAGAGUAUCUAUAUUUUGUGGAUAAUGGCAGAUUCUAUGUGGAUGGUGUGCUUUCCGACAAUCCAGUGACUCCAUCAGCAACUUUUAGAAAAGGAAAGCCUUUAAUUAUCUCAUUUGAAGGAGCAAGUGGGGAGUUUCCAAGGUGUAGUGAUUCAGCAUAUAGAAAAGCUGUUUCAGAUGGAGCAGAUAUAAUCGAUUGUCCUAUUCAGAUGACAAUGACUGUGAGUUUCAUUCAAAAGGAUCCAGAGGAGAAGAAAACAUCAUUCAACCCCAGACCGUAUUUCAAGUUAUUCAUUGAUUGGCUGCUUGACCUUAGUACCAUUGAUCCGGAUUUUGAAGAUGCAAACUUCCAGGUUCUGACAGCUCUAGCAACCUCCGUCCAUGUCCUGCUGCCUCUCAAAGUUCCUGCAUUUAGGUUAUUCUCUUAGAAAGGAAAUUGUCAAAGGAGAUUGUCAAAUGAGAAUUUAGUCAUGG